AUGUCUGACAUUUCAAGUCUUGUGAAACAGUUUUCCUUCUCGAAGAUCCUCAAAACCGAUCCUCAAACCAAAUCCAUUGUUUUAUUGGGUACAAUUGACUCGAAAGAUGCAAUAGUAUCUCUUGAAAAAUCCCAUUUUUUGAAUGAAUCGGUUGAAAAUAUCAAUUCGUUGAUCCAUGAUCUUCAAAUCAUAAAUCACAACGAUAUCUAUUACUGGUCCUUGACUUCUCUAAACCAAAAGUUACCAGAAAUUCCUGGUGCUAAGUUGAACAUCAUCUAUCCAGCUACUGAAACUCAUAUUAGAAAAUAUGGUGAACAAAAAUAUCAUUAUGUUCUUGAAACCCCUGAAAUGUACACCAAAUACGUCAUUCCGUAUAUAGAUACGAUGAAAGGUGACAGAAUAAAAUGGGUGUAUAACAUUCUAUUUGAAGGGAAAGAAGCUGAAACAUUUAUCCAUCAUGAUGAAGAUAAAACCAACGGGUUUGUUCUUUUACCAGAUAUGAAGUGGGAUAAAAUUAACUUGGAGUCUUUAUAUUUAUGUGCCAUAGUUAAGCGAAUGGAUAUUUCUAGUGUGAGAGACUUAAAUGAAUCACAUGUUGAAUAUCUUACUAACAUUAAAAGUCAAAUCUUGAAAGUUACUACCGAGAAAUACCCAAUUAAUAAGGACGAAUUAAGAAUUUUUAUCCACUAUCAACCUUCCUAUUACCAUUUCCAUCUCCACAUUGUGAAUGUUAAACAUCCUGGCUUAGGAGAUGGUAUAGCAGUUGGUAAAGCAAUAUUACUAGACGAUGUUAUAGAAAAUUUAAAAAUUUUGGGAGAUUAUUACCAAAAACGUACUAUUGGUUAUCUUUUAGGUGAAAACCACGGACUUUGGCAAGAUACGGGUUAUAGAAAUGCCCAUUUGAAUGCUAAUUAA